AUUUAGCAAACAGUAGAGGGCAGCAAAACACCCUACCGCGUCUAGUCUGCCGAAUCCCAAAAAAAGAAGAAGAAGAAGAAGAAGCCUGAUCAUGCGAACACUUUCAGAAUGGGUACCCAAGUGAAAGAUGUCAUCAUUAAGCCUGAGGCUCCCAGCACACUGCAGCUGGACAAACAUGCAGAUUACAUCGCUGCCUACGGCUCCAAAAAGGAUGACUAUGAGUACACGCUGUCAGAGUACCUGAGGAUGAGCGGCAUCUACUGGGGGCUGACUGUGAUGGACCUGAUGGGGCAGCUCCCCCGGAUGAACCGCCAGGAGAUCAUAGACUUUAUCAAAGCCUGUCAGCAUGAGUGUGGAGGCCUCAGCGCUAGCAUUGGACACGACCCCCACCUGCUCUACACCCUAAGCGCCGUCCAGAUCCUUUGUUUGUAUGACAAUGUGGAUGCGCUUGAUGUGGACAAAGUGGUGGAGUACAUUAAAGGGCUGCAGCAGGAAAAUGGCUCAUUUGCAGGGGACAAAUGGGGAGAAAUAGACACAAGAUUUUCUUUCUGUGCUGUUGCUACACUUGCAUUACUGGGCAAGAUGGACUCAAUAAAUGUUGACAAAGCUGUAGAGUUUGUCUUGUCCUGUAUGAACUUUGACGGAGGUUUUGGCUGCAGACCUGGUUCAGAGUCUCAUGCUGGUCAGAUAUACUGCUGCUCUGGCUUCCUGUCGCUCACAGGGCAGCUUCACCAGGUGAACGCUGACCUGCUGGGCUGGUGGCUCUGCGAGAGGCAGCUGCCGUCCGGAGGCCUCAAUGGACGACCGGAGAAGCUUCCAGAUGUUUGCUACUCGUGGUGGGUUUUGGCAUCGCUGAAAAUCAUUGGUCGGAUCCACUGGAUCGACAAGGCCAAGCUGCGAUCGUUUAUUCUAGCUUGUCAAGAUGAGGAGACCGGAGGCUUUGCCGACAGGCCGGGAGACAUGGUGGAUCCUUUCCACACUCUGUUUGGAAUCGCAGGGCUCUCCCUCCUCGGAGACGAACAGAUCAAGCCAGUUAAUCCGGUCCUCUGCAUGCCGGAGGAUGUCCUUCAGAGGCGUGACCUGCAGCCUGACCUCCUCAGCUAGCCCUCUGUCAUCAUCCCCCACACACCCACACACACUCGUACACAGCUGCCCUGCUGAACAACCCCACUCCCACGGCUGGAUGUCGGGAGCAGAGAGCGGAGCACCACACAUCUUAGUGUUAGCUACAGACACAUUCUAGAUGCAGGAUUUGGUCUCUGCUCACGAAGGACAAGUCACUUUUGUUGUUUUUACUUCGAGAGGACGGUUUGGAAAAAAUGUUUUGAAGUGUGACCAUCUUUGCAAAAACCUGAAAUCUAUUAGACAACGUUUCUUAGCUUUUGCACACAUGUUAUUCAUGCGGGUGAAUGAUAAAGGAAUAUUCAAUAUGAUUGUGAACAGAUUGUGGAUUGAAACGGAUAAGCAAUAGCACGUUUGCUCUGAUUUCAAUGUGUUGGGGCUUAAGACACUUGACUGGUUUGAAGACGCCACAUCUUUUUUGUUUUGUUGGCAGGAUUUGCCUUUUUCCCCGCACCCACUGUUUCAAAUAAAAAUAACUUCCCUUUAUGAAACGUGAGCAUGUGAAGGGCAAACUCGUGCCAAGGAUAUUUAACAUCUUAUCCACAGUCACAGCUACACUAUUUAUUUAAAUCCAUGUUACUCAGCUAUGUUGUCAUGCAGCUGUGGGCAACGGGUUUAGAUUACCCCCAAACUAAGUGUAAAACAAUCCUGACAUAUUUCAGUCUUAAGUUUUGAUUCUCAAGCUUUGUUUUAGCUAUACUAAUUUGGUAAAAAUAAAAAAAAUUCUUUCAGGAAUAAAUGAGAAUAAUGCUGCACUCUUGUCUUACUAAAUGCAAAAGUUAUCUGUCGUUUGAUAACUGUUCAUGACAAUAUAACAGAAGGUAAAUAAAUCACAUGUUGAAUCUAUUAGUUCUCAGGUUGUCCCCAAUUUAAGUGAUGUAUAUAUAUUGAUUGUAAGCCUAUAAUGUAAUGAUAUGUAAUACAGCACAGCUCUAAAGGAACUGUCCUGGUUAGAGAUUAAAAUCUUAAAAACAACUUGUUGAACUAUUAGGUCUUGUUGUGUUGGGAGGCAGUUAUCCGAAAAGCUUCUUACUGUUGGCAACUUUGUGUGUGUGUAUAUUAAUGUAACUUAUUUUUUAAAUCUUGACUGGCAAUACAUGUUUGGUUUCCUCUCAACAGGGAUUCGGGGGUUGUUGUUUUUUGCAAUAAAUAAGAUUGCAGCAUU